AUGACAGCGGAGGUGGUUACAAAAGUUCGUAGCUUCAAAGGGUUCCAAUAUGUCUACCGACACGCCAGGUUUGAAAUUGAAAAAAACUGGUUCAGUUCUGCAGAAAAAAUAUUUCAGUACUAGUCUCAAAUGCGAUAUGACCUUUGGCGUGUACGUUCCUGAUCAUUCCGAUAGCGAAAAGCUGCCAACUUUGUUUUACCUCUCUGGUUUGUUCAUUUUGGAGGCAUAACGUGUCGCAGUGAAAUAUAAGCGAAAGACAAUACAAACAUCCUUCAGACGAAGCUUUUGCAAUUUGCCAGGAAAACUGAGAUUUGAAGGCUUAACAUGCACACACGCCAACUUUAUGGAAAAGUCUGGGUUCCAAAGACUGGCCAGCGAUCAUCGAAUGAUCGUCGUUCAUCCAGAUACUUCUCCGCGCGGGGUCGAUAUUUCGGGAGAUUCCGAAAGCUGGGAUUUCGGGAAAGGUCAGUGGCUUAGGGGAAGGUCAGCGGCUUCAUUUUUUAAAAAGGAGCCGGCUUUUACGUGAACGCUACUGUGGAGAAAUGGGCCACUAACUACAACAUGUACGACUACGUGGUCGAAGAACUUCCGGCUUUGAUCCAAUCAAUUGCUCCCUCCGACAGCAAACGUCUAGGUACACAGUUCUUCCUAGAUUUAUUAGUUCUAAUUCCCCCUAGAUUCACUGAAAUACCUUUUGAGGCAGUGAAACAAACAUUAGCUGUGAGCGGAGAACAUUUUAUCACAGUUUUUAUUUCAAAUCGCGUCCUCCUCCCGAAAAGCUCAUUUUUCAGAUGUUUCCUUUUUUGACCAUUUUAGACUUUUCAGGAAUUUUCGGCCACUCUAUGGGUGGACAUGGAGCUCUCGUUAUUGGCCUUCGAAAUCCCGAAAAGUUCAGGUCGAUAUCCGCGUUUGCGCCCAUUUCUCAUCCGAUCAAUUGCGCCUGGGGCACGAAAGCAUUCACUGGAUAUUUGGGUACCUAUUUUUCAAAAAGUUUAACUCUUCUCCCAAUGCUGAAGAAAAGCUAGCAAUCUUCUAAUAAAAAUAUGCAUAUAUGCAUAUUUUGUCGUCAUAUAAUUUUCCGAAGCCAACGUAGUUUUUUUUCGGAUCUGAUUUGCACAGUACUGUUUAUAUUCUCUUAUCAACUUGAUUUAGACAAAAAAAUCAAAUCGAUAUUGAGAAAUCCCGAUAAAUAGCUAUGACACCGAAAAUCCUAAUGUAUAUCUCCACUUUAUAUUGUCUCUUUCCUCAGGAGAUGACCAAACAAAAUGGGAGCAGUACGACGCGAGUCUGCUUCUGAAGUCAUACUCUAAGAAAAAAGUCAAAAUCCUCGUUGACCAGGUGAGAAUUUUUUCAUCGUGUUGUGAUGUUUUUUUUUGAUUAGGGCUCGGCGGACGGCUUUUUGGAGCAGCUACAGCCGAACUCGCUGGUGUCAACGCCGACGGCAGAAGUGACGGUGCGGCUGCAGGACGGCUUCGACCACUCCUACUACUUCAUCGCCACGUUCAUAGCCGAUCACUUUGAGCAUCAUGCUGCGGUUCUCGCCAAGUGA